AUGCGCCGCCUCCGCCACCCGAACGUGCUCUGCCUCCGCGAGGUGCUCGCCACGCGCUCCGUGUACCUCGUCAUGGAGCUAGCCCCCGGCGGUAACCUCCUAUCCCGGCUCGCCUCCCUGCCCGCACGCAGGCUCCCCGAGCACGCCGCGCGCCGCGUGUUCCUGCAGUUGGUGUCGGCGCUCAUCUACAGCCACGCGCGCGGGGUGUUCCACCGCGACGCCAAACCGCAAAACAUGCUCCUCAACACCGACAGCAACCUCAAGGUCUUCAACUUCGGCCUUGCCGUAUUCCCGGACUCGCUCCGCGACGACAGCCGCCUACAAACCGCCUGCAGCACCCCCACCUUCACGGCGCCCCAGGCUCUUAGAGUUGCUCUAGGGAGAGUUGCUCUAGGGGACCAGGCAAUGUUCAAGAAGACCUGA